UUUCCUAAUAAAUUAAAAGCGCGAAGUAUGAGCCUCAGAGAGUCGGAGUAGAAAGUAGGAAGCAGAGACGCGUUUGCGUUUGGUUGAAAACGCGGUAAACGUGAACGGCGGUUUGGAACUGAAUCUUUAAACCCUUUCUCUCCUUCCUUCGCCGUGAAUCUCUGGAAACAACACAGUUUCUUUCUACCUACGAUGUUUGGUUUACGCAGAUCCGCGGCGUCUUUGUUUGACCAUAGCCAGUCUCUGCUUCGUAAUCUAUCGUUUCAUGGAUUGCGUGUGCAAGGAAUCCGUGUGGGAAACGCAGAGGUUCCAAACCACAAGCCCCUCAAGACCGGUCUUCAAGAAGUUUACGGAAUAGGUCGCCGUAAGUCUCACCAGGUUCUCUGUGGGCUCGGUAUCACCAACAAACUUGCCAGAGACUUAACUGGUAAAGAACUCAUUGACCUCCGUGAAGAAGUUGGCAUGCACCAACAUGGUGAUGAAUUGAGGAGGCGUGUUGGAUCGGAGAUACAGAGACUGGUGGAAGUAGACUGUUACAGAGGAAGUAGACAUAGACAUGGGAUGCCUUGCAGAGGUCAAAGAACCAAGACUAAUGCUCGCACUAAGAAGGGUAAGAGAGUUGCCAUUGCGGGAAAGAAGAAAGCUCCUCGCAAGUAGAACUGCCAAGACCUUUCUGUGGCACUACCAGUCUACUACUCUGUUGGGAUGAAAGUUUGAUCAAAUAAGCAGACAUGUUUAUGGUCUUAUUUUUUGUAAUUGCCAUUGCAGAGGAAGAAGAGAACUUUCUAGCAAACAUGCUCUUGAACUUGUUCUUCUUCUGUAAUACUUUCGAGUUUCUCUAGUUUCUUGUUUGAUUUGUUAUCCUCAUAACACGAAUAAAAACGUUAGCCCAUUAACAACUUUUUAUUA